AUGGCCCGCCGGAACAGCAUACGCGGGAUCACAGACGAGCAGUUUCACAGCCGGUAUAGAUCCAGCUCGCCGCUUGCUCGCACCGCCAUCGCCCGCGAUAUUGAAGAUUACGCCGACGACGAAGGGUCCAUGCUCACCACUGACGACGAAGCCUCCGAGACCUCCACCAUCCGCGCCAUUAACAGCCAACCCGGCACGAAUCCCCAUUCGCUAGCUGGGUCGUACCAGCGGCCCGGGUUCUUCACGACUGUCUCGCAUGCGACGGUUGUGCCGCAUCGGCCGGAUAGCGAGGGGUUGACGCGGCGGGAACGGGAACGGGCAAUUGAGGAUGAGCGGAAUCUGCUCACUGAUAAUCGUUGCAUUGAGCCGGGUGUGCAGAAGGGUGGGCGCAUGAGACGGGGAGAGGCCGCGGAAUCGACGGAGACGGCUGCGUUGCUGGGUGGGCAGCGUCGUGGAUCGCAGUAUGAGACGGUGGAAGAUCAGGACGAGAUUGAUCGGAAGUGGGAGGAGGCGGUUACCGCUGGAUUGAUUCAAACGACGUGGAAGCGGGAAGCUCAGGUCAUCGGGAAGAAUGCGGCGCCCUUGGUGGUUACCUUUCUGUUGCAGUAUUCGUUGACUGUCGCGAGUAUUUUCACGCUCGGGCAUCUGGGAAAGAAAGAGCUUGGGGCUGUUAGUUUGGCUAGUAUGAGUGCGAGUAUUACGGGUUAUGCUGUUUAUCAAGGUCUGGCGACGAGUUUGGAUACCCUGUGUGCGCAGGCGUAUGGCUCCGGCAGGAAGAAGCUGGUAGGUCUGCAGAUGCAAAAGAUGGUCUUCUUCCUCUGGGCGAUCUCCAUCCCUAUUAUCGUGCUAUGGUUCUUCGCCGACCGGAUUCUCAUCCGGAUCGUGCCGGAAAAAGAGGUCGCCAUGCUGGCCGGCUUGUACUUGAAGGUGGUUGCGCUGGGUGCUCCGGGGUACGCUUGCUUCGAAAGUGGCAAGCGGUUCGUGCAGGCGCAGGGACUUUUCUCUGCAUCGCUCUAUGUGCUUCUCAUCUGUGCCCCAUUGAAUGCAGUGAUGAACUACGUAUUCGUGUGGCAGUUCGGCUGGGGCUUCAUCGGAGCUCCCAUUGCCGUAGCCAUCACAGACAACCUGAUGCCUCUCUUCCUCUUCCUGUACGUGUACUUCAUCGACGGCUCCGAAUGCUGGAACGGCGUCACCACCCGCGCCCUCCGCAAUUGGGGGCCCAUGAUCAAGCUCGCCCUUCCCGGGCUCCUCAUGGUCGAAGCCGAAUGUCUCGCCUUUGAAGUCCUGACCCUGGCGUCAUCGUAUCUCGGCACCACCCCUUUGGCCGCCCAAUCCGUUCUGUCCACCAUCUCCAGCAUUACCUUCCAAAUUCCCUUCCCCGUCUCCAUCUCCGGUAGCACCCGCGUCGCCAACCUCAUCGGCGCGACGCUCGUCGAUGCUGCGAAGCUAUCCGCCAAGGUAUCCAUGGUUGGCGCCGUCAUCGUCGGGCUGCUGAACAUGCUCCUCCUCUCUUCCCUGCGCUACUACAUCCCCUACCUGUUCACCUCGGACGAGGAGGUUAUUGAACUCGUCGCCCAGGUCCUGCCUCUGUGCGCAGCAUUCCAGUUGUUCGAUGCAUUGGCUGCCAACUGCAAUGGUAUCCUGCGCGGUAUCGGUCGUCAGGAAAUCGGCGGCUACGUCCAGCUGUUCUGCUACUAUGCCAUUGCCAUGCCGAUUAGUUUCGGCACGACGUUCGGAUUGAAUUGGGGCUUGUUUGGGUUGUGGUCUGGCGUUGCGUUGGCGUUGUUGUUGGUCUCGAUCAUUGAGGCGUUCUUCUUGACGCAGACGAAUUGGCAUCGCUCGGUGGAGGAUGCGCUACGACGGAAUGCGAUGACUUGA